UUACACUGGGGAGCCAAGCAUGGAAAGAAAGAAAUGAUCAGAAUGGCAGUGGAUAAAGGUCUUGAUGUCAACAUUAGAUCGCAAGGGGGAUACACACCUCUUCAUGUUGCAGCGAUGCACAACAAGGAAGCCAUCAUGCAGUUCCUUGUAUCAGAGUACCAUGCGGACAUCAACAAGCGAGACUUCAGCGGCCGCAAGCCCCGGCACUACCUCCAGAGUUCUUCCUCCAACUACAUCAAACAAAUGAUGUUUGGACAGUCCACAGCGGAAGUAAUCCAACCCCACACCCUCGCGUCACUGGCUGAACCAAAGCAAGAAGAGAAGCGUCAUUCCAAGAUAGGCUCCCUCCUACGCUCUUCCUUCAGGCAUUCCUUCAGACUUUGGGGAUCAGCGGAGAAUCUAGAAGACAAAGAUCACAAGAGGGAUAGGACGCCCCCUGUGACCCCGCCCCCUUCACCCAAGAGCAGACCAAAGAAUAGUGUCAAUUAUAGCCAGUCUUUGUUGAUGCCCCCUCCCUCAGGUUACACUGUACCAAACAGGAGUAGAAAAUUAAGGAGUUCAUCAGAUAAAGACAGAUCUGAGACGAUGAGAAAAAGUGAAUCUGAUCCCGAUAUGAUUGUGGAGACCACACCUACUACCUACGUCUGAGCUGGUUAUCAGAAUAACAAAGGCCCGGUGCACACUUUAAACAAUGUUGAACAAAAUUAUUAAAAUCCAUAUUUUAUUGUUCGAAAUAGACAUGAAAUGAAAUACUCCAAAAAUUUGCUUUGCCCAAUUGAUCUUGGGCCCGGCAGCCGCUGUGCAGCACCAGAUCUACGAGGCUUCAUCCCUUUAAUCGUUGAACGCCAAUCAGGGUAGCAGCAACUCCCAUCUUUUAAUGUCUUUUGGUCUGACGCGGCCAGGGUUUGAACCCCCGACCUCCCGGUUGUGAGACGGACGCUCUACCAACUGAACCAACACACCGGUGAACGAAUUUAAAAGCUUAUUUCAUUAAAUGUGAAAGUUCCAAGAAGUGAUAUUAUUUUAUUUGAAGUUCGGUAUAAUGCUAGGAAAUCUUCGACCAGAAUUCUGUUGUUUUUGCUGCAAGCCUUCUGGUCAGAGUAAAGUUCAAUUCAGCUUCCAGUCGCAGCCAAUGAUGUCUUCAUUACAUUUUGGAAUUGAAUUUGCUUUUAUUCCUCCAGGGAGGCUAGAAUUGGACUGGAAUUCUGAUUACAGUACUUGUAUCACUAUUUGGAACUUUGAUCGUGAAAGUUUUAUGGGUUGGAAUGUUCAUAUCAAAUGCUAUUACAAUUUCUUUGAAAACUGGAUCACAAUUGAUCGUGUAGUGUGCCCUGAGCUUAUCAUCAGGGAAUAUUUAAAAGCUUAUCACUAGACAGGCUGAAAUACAAGCAUAUACUACUUAAUAUUUAUAAUUAGUAAUAGAUAUCUUAUAUGUAUAUUACAGUGAAUAUAUUUUCCCCAUCCCCUGUACAUUAUUUUAGAUAUAGUGGCGAAUCAUUAUCUUAAAUAUUUUUGUAUUUAUCUAAAGGUGAUUGAUAUUACAUUCCAUUAAAUUUAAAAAUUAAAAAAAGUUUUCAGCUUGUUUAAUGUGGGCAUGAGAAACCUUUGACGUAAGUACACACACACUUCCAUGUGAAGUCAAUAGAUUUAAUAUAUGAAUCUGUAACUGUACAAAGUGAACAAGAAGAAGACACCUAUUUCAUAAUAAUGCCAUGGUUUGAUUAUACAUCCAUUUGAAUUUGUAAUUUACACAGCUCUCUUGUUCUUUAGGUAUCUUAAACAAAUGAUUUGAGCAGUUCUGCUUAAAGGGGAAGUUUACCCUGAUGAUUACCUGCAAUGCGGAAAAAAAAUAGAGAAAAAUAUUAGUGAAGGUUUGAUAAUAAAAGUUUUAUUUUGUGAUGGCGUGUACUUGUAUCUCAUCCUUUAAAUGCUAUUUUCUCCCCCACCAAAAAAUAAAAUAGAAAGUGAUUUUAUUCGUGGGGCUGAUAUAUAUCCAGAUACAUCAUUUCAUACCCCCUUCUAUAAGAAAAUUAUUUUCAUUCUUGUUCAUUAAAUGAAAAAUAGAAGUCAUCUUACAUGAUAUAUGGGGAAGCUGCUUGCAUAUGACGUCCAAUUCAACCAUUUAUAACUUUCUUAUUCUUUAAUGGAUUUUCAUCAAACCUUCAAUAUUUUUCUCUAAUUUGUCUCCUUCAUCAAAACCGAUUUAUCCCUAGGACCUACUUCCCCUUCAAGUGAAUUCAUUUUGGUGAAAUAUGAAAAAGGCUCCAAGUAUUCAAGACUACAUGAGUCUGAUAAAGGGAAAGAACAUUAAACCUUAAAUAUUUUGUAAGGAAGAAGGUCAGAGAUUGUGAGCAACGUUUUUAAAUGAAACCUUAUUUAUUUAAUGCGUUGGCAUGUUAACCAAAUCUUGUGUAUUUUUUAAAAGAACAUGUGAUUGAGCGAUGAAUAUAUAAAUUGAUGGGUUUUCUAUUGUAAUAUAGUUAUCUACAUAGACAUUGCUUUACAUAGACACCCAAAUCACCAGUCCUUACUGAUAUCAAUCAAACUCAUAAACUGAUAUGAUAUAACAUGUCUGUUCAAGCAUGCUGUAAUAUUACGAAUAGACACUAGUGUGUGAUGUCACAUUUUUUAAAUUCUGUAAAAUUGCAUGAAUUAGAAUAUUUGCUUUUUGGGGUUGAACAACACCUUGAAUACCGAGAUAUUAAUGUCAAAGGAACCAAUAAAGAAACAAGUAAUCAUAGGCGCAGUUAGCUCGCAAAGCUAAAUGCACAGACAUACAUGGCCAUGCAAUGGUACAUUUGGGACAGUACAUUGGAAAUGGUAAGAAAUUUGCAUGUUUAAGCUUCCAUACAAGCUGAUUGAUGAUCCUCUUUAAUCCUCUGUAAGACAUUGUAGGUCAUACUAAAGUCAACUUGACAUACAUGUUGAACUGCCAAAAAUUUCCUGUAUGGUACAUGUAGCUAUUUAGUGCUUAAAAAUAACAGUAAAUAAUACAAUUUAUAUGAAUAGAUUAAACAUUUUAAACAUUGGUUGAUCAGGGUUCCAUCUUACUCUUGUUAAGAUCGAUGAUCUUCCAGGUAUUUGUAAAGAGAUAUUGCCAUUAAAUUCAAUAUGUACAAAUU